CCUAAUAGUUUAGAAAGUUGACCCAUAUAUCGAUGCCUUCCAGUUCUUGACGGAUGUGAUGUUUACAUUUUUUAAAUCGGUGACUUCAAUGCAUUUAAUAACGAUAAAAGAAAAAUGGGUGUUUUAUAUGUUUACUCUACAGUCAACAGUUCUGUAGAUUCACCCAGUAGAAGUUCCUUGAAUAAUCAUGUUCAUGAGAUUUUCAAUGUUCAAUCUGAAUUGACAUUAACUUCACACUGUAGUCAUGGUUCAUUAACUAAUUCCUUUGGUUGGUUUGUACAGGCUGUUCUAGCUGGAUUGGCAUUUACAUGCCUCAUAUUGAAGAGGUUUUGUGAACCGAGAAGAGAGAGGCGGCCUUGGAUAAUAUGGUUUUUUGAUACAUCUAAACAAGGGAUGGGAGCUUUAGUCAUCCAUUUUGCAAAUAUUUUUCUUGCUGAAUUUUUUCAAGGAGAUCCUUGUACAUGGUACAUUGUUAGCUUUUUGCUGGAUUCGUCUAUAGGGUUAUUAUUCAUUUUUAUUGGUAUACGUCUAACGCAAUACAUUGCACGAAAGAAAGGUUGGGAUCAUCUUGUAUUUGGAGAAUACGUAGGCUCUUGAUUUAACAGACCUUGAUUUAACAAACAAGACAAAAAAAAUUUCUAUCGUAAAGGAAACUUUGCGGAACUUUGGAUAAUCAGGGUUCUACUGUAUUAUCUAUCUUUGACUACAUAGUGGUGAU